AUGUUAUGUCCUCCCUGUAAAGAUCUGGCAACAUUGAGUCGCCAGAAUCUCCUUACUGCAAUCCACGCAGGAAGAGAGAAAUCGGAGCGAGCACAACCUGACAAACAUCAGCAAGACGCACGAGCGGAUUCAGCAGGAGCAGAAGCUCUCCCCGUACUACAAGUCGAAGCUGCGCGGCUAGUACAAGACGGCCCCCUCCAGGACGCGGAGAGCGAGGAGGAGCUUUUCCGCAAGGCUUCGACAUCAUCUUCGAGAUACGCACCGUGCGCAACCAGCGUCGCAUUGCCGCCAAGAACUCUGGUCGGCGACAUGGUGGCCGCUCUGGCGCGUGGACCGGACGACGACGAGAACUGGAUCCUGGCCGAGGUGCUGCACUACAACCACGGCAGCUGCAAGUACGACGUGGACGACAUCGACGAGGAGCAGAAGGAGCGCCACACCCUCAGCCGGCGACGGGUGGUGCCCCUGCCCCUGCUCAGGGCCAACCCCACCACAGAUCCCGGCGCCCUGUUCCCCAAGGGGGCCCUGGUCAUGGCCCUGUACCCGCAGACGACCUGCUUCUAUUGCGCGCAGGUCCAUGAGCCGCCCGGCGGACCCCAGGAGGACUACCUGGUGCUCUUUGAGGACUCGUCGUAUCCAGAGGGCUACUCACCGCCGCUCGCGGUGGCGCAGCGCUACAUCAUCUGUUGCAAGGAAAUGCGGAAGAAGUGAGGGGUCCCUGAGUUGGUACGCGUUUGGUACGAAACGGUUUCAUCCACUAUCAGGUGUGCGACUGUGAGUCAAGGUCUGUCCAUCAAGACGCGGCCCGGCGCUACAUUGUCCGCUGCAAGACUUGAAAAAAGUGAGGGUCGACCGCGGGCAUCUUUGCGUUGCAUUGGCAUGUAUUCGAUGCGAAACGGUUUCGUUCUGUGCUAGGUGUGCGGUAUGCAUAGAGGGCCGUCCCUGGAGCGCACUGGUCGUGGUGAUUUUGUGUUGUUCGUAAUGUUUAGCGGAAGGAAGCGUAAUUUUUUCUUCACUUCCGGUCCGUUCUGGGUGGACGUUUGACGGAGAGCAGGCGUCCGCAUGCCUCUGCCUGGAGCCAUGCCCCAACAGAAUCCGGCGACCACCCAGCAUCUGCAGACGACCACGAUAUGCAUGGCGGUUUAAUCCUCUUUCAGGACUCGCGGCUGCUUUCAGUGGCACAGCGCUAUGUCAUCUGCUGCAAGGAGAUGCAAAAGAAGUGAGCGUCGACCACAGCCGCCCGGCGUGCCGCGACGGUGCAGGUUUGACGCGGAACGGUUUAGCUUUGAGGUCUACGAUCGCGCUGUAAGUGCGCAAGAAGUUGAGGGCCGUAGCCGAGGCUCAACGGACUUGCAACUGCGACAAAUCCCACUCUGUUUUCGAGGUUGUUGGGAUGUAUCUUUGCGGGCCACACCUCCAAGAGAGUAAAGCUGUAGUGCUAAAUUUUCGGUGCCACCCGAAGAAGGCCGAUACGGGACAUAAAUUGGACACAAGCGCUGAGUCAGCAUUGGCCGAGGCUUUUUUGGGGCAACGCCGAAAGUUUGGCACUGUUAUUCAAAAGGUGUUGUCGCAGGUGCCUGUGGUUUUGUUGUGUUGCAGAAUUGAACUCGAGUGAACUCGGACAUCUCAGCUGUAGAUUUUGCAAGGUUGCACAAUCUUGCACCAUGAUAAAAUAAUCGGCACCGGAUGUCUCGAGCUCUUUCUCGUGGACUGCGCCAAGAGCGAUCUUGGGGGGAAGUCAGUCGUAGGAGCUGUGGUUGCAAUAGAGGUCAUCAUGACACCAGUAAAAAGAAAACGUUCUGCCUUUCCACUCUGGUGAAGAGGGAAGACCAGCGAAGCUGUACUAUGGUCAGAUGACCUCAAAGACGACCUCAAAGACGACUUCUAAGACGACCUCGAGGAUGACCUCAAGGACGAUAUCUAGACGACGUCUAGGACGACCUCAAGAAUGACUUCUAGGACAACCUCGAGGACAACCUCUCAGACAACGUCUAGGACAACCUCAAGGACAACUUCUAGGACGACCUCGAGGACAACCUCUUGGACAACCUCAAGGACAACGCGUAGAGAAAUUCAGCCUUUCCUCUCUGGUGAAAACCAGAGUGGAAAGGUUGUUGCCACCGAUAUAAGCAAGGUUGAAGCCGAUUGUCUGGUUGCUGCCGUCGCUCAUAGAUGGCGGUAGCUGUCCAGAGGUUUGCGUCUAAAUUUCUUUGCGGAGGACACGACCCUGGGGAAAAUAGCCCUUAACAGCUCCGCUGUAAAAACAAAGGGUUAUCACAUAUAAAAAGCUCAAUGGCUCGAGAAGCAUUUCUUCAUUUUCUGCUGCAAGACAGGCAGUGGAUGUCGUUUUGCAUUCUAUAGUACUGCUCAGGGACAAGCCGGUAUGCUCCAAGAAUUAUGCAACAGUGCUCUGCUGAAUACUGGCGACAUUUGCACUGGGACUUUUGAGAAUGAGGAGUGGCAUGCUUCGAGCAAUUACGAAAAAUUGCCGAGUGUCGCAUACACUUUAGGGUUGCUUUAUUUGGUUUCUUGAACUUGUAAGCGGUGUGUCGAACACUCUUCACUUUACGGUGAUAUUCCGUUUACGUGCAGCUCCCAUAAACGGGGGCGUUCUGAAAAAGUUCAGCUGUGCAAAAUAUUGUCCAGUUCCCUCGGGCUCCACUUCCAAGAUUUUGCUGCAUUUACACCUGGCCCCAAUCGAAAUUAGCAGCUGUGACGUCUACCAAUGCUAAAAACAUGCACAUGGCCCCAAUCCAAAUUAACAGCUGCGAUAUAUUUAUGAUGGGCUAUCCAGUAACAUCUAGCAAUGCUAGAAAUAUGCACACACACGCACUAAAGUACAUUCAGACACUUGAAGAUUUUAAACUGAAGUUUCUUUCAAA